CAACAAUUUAUAUUUAUAUUAACUUAGUACAGAGGGUUCCAUCUUCCAUUUCAAUUUCUUGCCUUUAUAUUUUUCCUCUGUACGAACUUUCAUAUAUACAACAACAUAACAUAAUAAUACACAAACUCUCUCUAAACUCUCUUCUCCAUUCUUCCUUUUCCUUUCUCGGCCGUUUUGUUUCCCUUCCCGCAUUUUCCCGAUUCUCAGUUCCGGCGACUACUCAUAUCUUCACGGCGACCAUUGAAUCCCGUAGAUCGCUUACGAUUAGUCUAUCUCUCUCUCUAACAACCGAUCGCUCACUCUUCUAUUCCAUCUACUGCCUCUUUAGCUGGGAGGGGAGAAGACCAGUUGAAAGGAGAAAAGGAGGCCCUUUUGCCUUUUGUUCUUCUGAUAGUGAAAACUAAUUUUAAUAUGAUAUAGCCAAUUUUUGUUAUAUUAAGUUUUGAUCAGUAGAUUUCUGGAUUAUGAAACAUUAACAGAGUUACGUGAUUGUCUCUUUUUCACUGAUGUGCUGCUGCACAUGUAUAAUGUGUUAGCAUCUGUUUUUUGUUUCGUUUUUCCAGCCAGCGUUUCAUUAAUGAGCUAUGUUGGCUUUUCUUGAGUAUUUGUUUUUCACUUGAAUCUCUACUUUCAGGACGCACAGAUGCCAAUUGCAAAACUAAAGGCCGCUAAUACCCUAGAUGUGAUGAAACCAGAGGAGGGAAAUGAUUCUCUUGAUGCUAUCAUCAAACAAGCCAUUGGAAAAGAGUCUUUUCUUAAUUUCUCUAGGGCCGGGGACAGCUCAGCCCAGUUUAUUCAAUUACUUCACGCUUUAGAGCAGCAAGCAGGUUCAAGUUCAAGAAUUGAGUCCCUGUCAACCCCUACAAUCUUUGGGAAACAUGAAGCGCAUAGUUAUUUAUCAGACCACCACCAAAGUUGGUCUUUGGUCUCGCCAACAAAGAUUCAGAUGCAGAAGUGUGACAAAUGUUCACGGGAAUUCUGUUCACCCAUCAACUACAGAAGGCACAUUCGAGUGCACCAUCGCUUAAAAAAGCUUGAUAAGGACUCUGCUAAAAGUAGGGACAUGCUUGGGGCAUUUUGGGAUAAGCUCCCUUUGGAAGAUGCAAAGGAGGUUGUAUCAUUCAAGAAUGAAGAGGAAGUUCCAGGCUCAUCAAUCAUAAAAGCAUUAUCAUCUCAUGUUCGGAAAUCAGUGUUUUCUUCUCCACCACAUCCCUAUUUGAAGGCUGGUUCUGAGCUUUUGGACAUUGUCCAAGCUAGACCUUCUAAGUUUCCGAUAUCUUCCCAGGAAUUAUUUAAUGUCCUUGAUUUAGCAAGUGAGAAAACAUUCCUCUCUGGACCAGCUGCAUCUAUGCAAAGAUAUGUUUUUGAUGGGGAGGCUGGGAAGAUAGGUCUUGAAGCAAAAAACCUCGUCGCUUGUACUAGCUUUUUGUUGGAACAGAAACUGGUUAAAGCUUGGCUUGCUGAAAAGGAUGCUGAAGCAUUAAGAUUCCAGAAAUUACUAGUGGAGGAAGAAGAAGCAGCUCAGAAAAGACAAGCCGAGCUCUUGGAACGGAAGAAGCAGAAGAAGCUCAGGCAGAAAGAACAAAAGGCAAAAGAGCGAAGACAUGAGGAGAAGGCAGAUAGUGAUGAAAGCAUUGACCUAGUGUUGGAAGAAAUGGCCCCAGUAGAAGCAUCCAGUCAAGCAGAAUGUGAUAACAGUAUAGACAGCCUGGACUUGCCAAAUCAUAUUCCGCUGUCUAUUGUUGAUCACUUCAACUCUGAUGGAAAUCUGGAUUCAGACUUUCAGAUUGAUUCUGAUUGCGGACAAGUUGAUUCAGGUAGUAGUUCUAGUGUUGAAAAGAGAAUUGCACAAGGAAGUGGUCGUUGGAAACGGUGGCAAAUGUCGCCAAAAUCACAAUGGGUUGCAUCCAAUGGCUCUCAAUCAUCAAAGCUCGGAGUCCAUCAUAAUCGUGGAACUCAUAAGGAUUCAAGAGCGGGUGUGUCUAGUCAUAAAGUAUGGAGCCGGAAAUCUAAACCAGAAACCAACAUAGAUGCUUUGAAAGCUAGAGUAAAAAAGGAGGAAUCGAACGAUCUUGAUCAAAUUAAUAACCGUGAGGUUUUGAUAGGGUCCAUUUCUGUUACACUUGGAAAUUGCAGUGAGGAGGGAAAUAAUCUCUCCGAACCAUGUGAUACAUGCCUAACAGAACAUCAAUUGCCGAAGAACAGUGUUCAGGCUAAACCCAACAAAUCCAACCCAGUUCGGAGUGGCACAAGCAGGUCAACAGUUAAGCAUUGGAGACCAGUGAGCCGGAAUGGAACCAAAGUCCCAAAUGGAGAAAAGGGUCAUACGGAGUCCUUAUUAAAUGGAAACUCAGAAUUUUCUAGCCAUGCUGCACAAGUUUUUCUUGCACAGAGAUGGAAGGAGGCCAUUGCUGCAGACCAUGUCAAACUUGUUAUAACCUCAGAUUCUUUUCCUUUAGAUGAAAAUGAUACACAUGAAACAGCAUCUCAAACAUUGAAAUUGCGUAGACGUUGCAUUCUUGGCGAUGCAGAAAACCGGCUAGUUAAUGUUGACAUUGUUGGAUCUUCAACUACUGGCAAAGCCAAGAUAAAGGAGAUUUCAAAACAGAGAAGCAAUCCAACCUAGGAAGGAAUUAUUAUUUUUUAAUGGGUUAUUAUUUUUUUAAUCUUUAUACAAUUUGUGCAGAGUUUUUACAUGGGGGUUCAGCCUCCACCACACCACCAGCUGUUAAUUCUUAGCCAGAGGUUCCAGUUUUACAGAUGGUCUUCUGUCGAAAAAACAAAAACAAAAAAAACAAAAAAAAGGAGAAAGAUUUUUCCGGAAAUUCUUUUAUUACUUCCGUCCUUUUUUCUUUAAUUUGGUUAGUGACUUCAUUUGUCAAAGCUUUGUCUGUAAUGAAUUUUGUUGCUUCAA